UCAAUGAUUGCUGCGCCCAUUACUUGAACAACACCUAUCUUUCACAGGUUGCAACCGUGAGGGCUGUUAACGUUCCCGCAGCUACCUUCCCUUCUUUGGGAAGGUCUAUUGAUGCUGGAUCAUCGCAUUUAGGGUAUAUAUAACCCUUGAGAGUUACUGUAUCUCAAUAUCACCUUCUAACACCCAAGCCUCCAACAUGCAAUCUGCGAAUAUGUUGAUCAUCGGCGCCUUCCUCAUCGGCGCGGUGAGGGCAGCCAGCGGCAACAGCACAGUCGGUGUCGAAACGCCAACAAUAGUCUCCACAGUAUUUAAAUACGACCCAAGCAAAGCCGCAGCAAUCGCGGCAGGCGUAUUGUACUCCGUCGCCAGCCUAUGCCUGUUCACGCGCUUAUUCAUGAACAAGGCAUGGUGGGGACUUUGUCUCCCUAUCGCCUCAACCUGUCAGUUUUCACCAUCCACCUCGAAAUACGUGUUGAUUGUUAAAACAGUGAUGUCCGUUGGCUUUUUUAUGCGUAUACCCAUGGCGACGAACCCAAAUUCUCUCCCGAUUUUCAUGGCCCAACAACUCCUCACCUUGUUACCGCCUGCCGCAUACCUUGCCUUCAAUUAUAUCCUUUAUGGGCGUUUCAUCGUGCAUUGUGUGGACAGACGCUACUCUUGGAUAAAACCAGAGAAAGUUGCCCGGUACUUCGUUAUCAGCGAUAUCACGACAUUCCUCAUACAGGGUGGAGGUGGCGGUCUAGAAGCGUCGACAAACACGACAAGUGCAAAGUUGGGCGCGGACAUACUACUCGCCGGAUUAGUUCUUCAGACAGUCUCAUUUGCGUUCUUCAUGAUCCUAGUUGUGCAUGCAUGGCAUUGUAUUGUUCGAGACGGCCUUAUGUUCCGCAAGGAGCCGUGGGGGCAAAUUCUUUGGAUAUUGAUGUUUUCUUCAACAGCCUACAUGAUUCGUUGUAUCUACCGUGUCACUGAGCUUGGUCAAGGAAAUGGCGGCUAUCUCCUCACACAUGAAAUCUAUUUUUACCUCCUCGACUCCCUGCCACUGUUGAUUGGUAUUUGCACAUACAUCAUCUACUGGCCAACGAAGUAUCUCGAAGCGUCGGUCAAGCCUGUCUAUGAUACUGAAAUGACGGGACGAGUUUAGAGUUCUGUCGUCACUGCGAAAAUUCACUCGGGUGCAUGGACCGUACAUAAUACCCUCAUAAGGGCACUGGACUAUAUAUGUUACAAUAUGUUACAAUAAUCCGCUGCGAUGCAACAAUGUUCUGUAGAUCGGUUCCUUGGCCGCACAAUAUCCUACGUAUAUGUUUCGGAGGCUCGGAGCGAAUAGGAAAGCAAUUGCAUGACAUCAUUGCGUUAUGCCUUUAAUGUACUCCAUGCCGACAACGCCCGUAACCAGUGCAGGCGUACUAAAAUCUUAACGCUAAAACUCGAAUGCUACUCCUGCA